AUGGCUGAUAACUUUCGCCCUCACCGGACAAAUGCGUCCAGGAUCCCCGAGAAAAAAUGGGAGAGCUACAAGUCGGUACUACUUGACAAAUGCCAGACAAUGACAUUCGCCGAACUCGAGCGUUACAUGAAACGGGAACACAACUUCGCUGCAAACCGGCGACAAUUAGGCCACCGCAUCCGGGUUACCUGGGGCUUCAAGAAGUACAAACGGGGUAACUCUCCCGAAACGUCGCUUUUGGAGGCACAGGCUCUCUGCGGGGGUGGUUCUCGCUGUGGUACUGUACCUACCAAUGGCGCUGCUUCUGCCGGAGACGCCGCGUCUCGGAACCCGUGCCCACCACCGGUUGUAGCUGGCCGAGUCCUGCUGGAUGUCCCUCCCCCCAUGGCGCAGCCUCCAGCUACGCUGGGCCGCGCCGGACCUCGCCGCAGUGCAAUUCUCUUACUCCGAAGCGAACUGGGCAGACGUCAAGACUCGGGAUCUCUGGCUAGCGGACAUGCACGGGAGAUGGCAAGGCAUGAUGCCGAGCCAACCCUCGGACACGCGCGAUCUCAGUCCUGGGUCCCGACUUUUAUGGACCUUCUCAAUGCCCACACAUAUGACUGGGGCUCUGACAUGGAAAAGGGGCUGGGACAGAUUUCGAGAAUCUUCAAAGGCAUCCUCGAGGAAACGACCGUCCAUGACGGCGUGCAGUUCAACCUCGUCGAAUUGACUCGACGGAACAUAAACCUGGACAUUCCAGCGUAUACCCUCUUCCGCUCUGCCCUAGAGUGGUAUAACUGGGCAAAUCCCGACACGCCUCUUGAUGCACCUCACCUUCUAAACCAGUUUAUCGUCCAGCAUCUAUCAGCCAUCCGUGGGCUAAAGCAGAUCCAGGCUGCCCUAGACCUUGACAUCGACUGCCUUCCAUCGUGCAUAAGAUGGUGCAGCGCCGUCUUGGGCGGCAACCCCCAGGUCCCUCCCGAGGUUCGCGGUGCCGACGGCGACAUUUCCAUGGAAACCUUCACCGUUCUAUGUGUCCUCUGGCGUCCCCUAUCAGGUAGCAACCUGCUUUCCAACAGAGUCGUGACACGCAGCCGCGCCACACCCUCCCCAGACUGGGCGACCACCACCGAAAAGCAGCUCGGUAUUCGGCCCCCUCAACUCCUGUGCACGGUAGUCUGCAUGAUCAUGGCCGCUGCCAUGCAACAACAAAACAUGCACGCCGGACAGUCACUCUUGGGAAGGGCCCUUGCCGGCGCCAACAUCCUGGACGCCUUAGACUCUGAGGACUUGCUCCGCCUUUUUCUGAACCAAACCUGCGCCGAUAUCUGGCGCCUGAAGAUCCAAACGGAUGCGGAUCGGGGCUUCCCCAUCUGGCGGUACAAGGUGGACACCCAGAAGAUGGAGCCCUUCCGCAGAUUUGUCGCUACGUCUCUUGGGAUUCACGACUUGCCCAUACUUGAGCAAGGGGUCAUCUUCGACGAGCUGGCCUUGGCGGGUCCGGAAUUUCCCGAGGAUGGUUACUACUGA